UUCAAUGUGUCUCGGUAUGGAAUCUACACAUUGGAUAUUUAGCCACUUUGUUAGAGUAGAUAAAAUGGAACAAGUUGCUGGACCUAUCUGGCCUUUCAAUAUUGCAAUACUUUCAUUUUCUGGUGCGGCUUUAGGAAUUUGGUUUGAUGUAAUAGUACGUGGCUGUUAUGAUUAUUUACUUGAUAAAGAAUAUUUUUCUCAAACUUCAAAUCAGCCUCCUAUAGAUAUAUGUAAUUUUAGCAGAGAGAAACCCAAAACAAUAAUUAUUGGAAAUGAAGAUAAUCGGUGAUUAAUUAAAAGAUUUUUUGAAUUAAAAAUAUUGUUUUGUUAAAUAUAUUUUCUAAAAAUAAUUAUUGUAUACAAAUAUUUAUUGUGUUUUUUGAAAAUCAUCUUUAUGCCAUUCAUUAAUGAGAAUAUAAAUACAGUCUUGACUUCGUUUUAAAUAAAUAAUUUACUAGGGUUGUUUCAAGUCCCUGUCCCCCAUUAAAAAAGAAAAAAUUUUCCCCGUCCCCAUCCCAACUCUUGUGGCGCUGCCUUCCCGAAAAGUUAUCCCCGUGGCCCUUCCC